AUGCCGGAUUUCAAGCCUGGCCAGACGGUCCAGCUCUCCGAUGGCCGCAAAGGCACCGUCCGCUUCGCGGGCCCUACCCACUUCCAAGUCGGCGAGUGGGUGGGCAUUGAGCUCGACGAGAAGACGGGGAAGAACGAUGGCAGUGUCCAGGGCGAGCGAUACUUCGAUUGUCCCACGGGCUAUGGCAUGUUUGUGAAGCCCAUGAUGGCCACAAUCCUUGCCCAGGCCCCGACACCGAGGCCUGCAGCGGCGAGGAAGCCCGCUCGACCGUCGAGCUUCAAUCCCGCGGGUGGCAGGACGUCGAGUGCAGGGGAUACGGCAUUGAACAGGCGGAAGAGUUUGAAUGCGCCGAGCCCGAGUCCGGUGCCUAGAGCGCGCCCGACGAGCAUAGCAAGAUCUCCUACGAAAUCGCCUACGAAACAGCUCAGUGGACCCCCAAGUGCUACUGUUUCUCGAACAGGAACACCCUCCAAUGUCCGUGUACCAUCUGCUGGCUCCAAAACUCGCCCAAGUUCGAGUGUCCGGACGUCCAUGGGCCCCCCAGCUGCACCAGCUUCUCGCACACGACAGGCCUCAACGUCAUCAGUAGCAUCGAGAUCAGGCACGACAAUGACUCGAACUGCAAGUGGCCGCAUGUCUCUGAGUGGGCCACGGUCAGCGCCCCGGCCGGAAUCCGUCUCCAGACGACCUUCAGCGGAUUCAGGCGGUGGUCCCGGCUCAUCUGAUAAGGACGAGAACGAGAUCCUAUCACCUCAACCAAGAAGCCCUGUUCUCGCAAGGACGAAGGCGUUGGAGAGACUCACAGCUGGCCCUCCAUCGCGUUCAGCCACGCCAGCUGCGAAGAAGCCCGCUGCGCCCACCACCACUCGCACCACCGGAAGUACAGCCGCGAGCCGAGAGAUCGAGGACCUAAAAGCGAAACUAAAAGUGCUGGAACGGAAACGAACGGAAGACCGGGACAAAGUCAAGCAGCUUGAGAAGGUUCAAGGGGAGAGGGACAAAUUCGAAGGCAUCAUCCAGAAGCUCCAGCUGAAAUACCAACCUCAGCAGCAAGAGAAUAACGAACUUCGAAAAAUGCUGAAGGAGGCCGAGCAAAGGCUGGAGUCAAUCGAGGAGAUCCAAGCUGAGCACGAUACUGCAUUGGAACUGGCCACUCUGGACCGUGAAAUGGCCGAGGAGACUGCCGAAGUUCUCAAGGUUGAGCUUGAAGCACUACAGGAAAAGACAACAGAGUUGGAUCUGGAAGUUGAGAUUCUCAGAGAGGAGAACGAAGAAUACAGCAAGGGUAUGUCCCCCGAGGAACGGGCUAGCACUGGAUGGCUGCAGAUGGAACGCACAAACGAGCGGUUACGAGAGGCGCUCUUGCGACUGCGGGACUUGACACAAGAGACGGAAGAGGAACUCAAGGACGAGAUCAAAGGACUGGAGGAUGAGCUGAAGGAGUUCAAUGCCAUCAAAGAGGAGUACACUGCCGCCAAAGAGAAGCUGGAGCAAUCGGAAACGGCUGUCGAAGAUCUCCGUCAGCAACUCGACAACGCACUCGGGGCCGAGGACAUGAUUGAGGACCUCACAGAGCGGAAUAUGAGCAUGGCUGAACAGAUUGAAGAGCUGAAGGCCGUUAUUGACGACCUCGAGAGCCUGAAGGAAAUCAACGACGAGCUUGAAAUCAACCACGUUCAGCAUGAGAAGGAAAUGCAGGAGGACCUCGACUUCAAGGACGCUGUCAUCACGGAGCAAGUUCGACGAGCUGGCCAACAAGAGGAGACACUCGAGGACAUGGAAUAUACUCUGUCAAGAUUCCGUGAACUCGUGACGAGCCUGCAGAGCGACCUGGACGACAUGAGGGCAUCUCAGGCUGUCACUGAGGGAGAGUCGGAGAAGCUCAACGACCGGUCGCGUGCCAUGAUGGAUCUUAACAUGAAGCUUCAAAUCUCGGCUUCCAAGGCGCAGGUCAAGACGAUUGACCUUGAGCUGCGACGACUGGAGGCUCAGGAAGCAGAGCAGCAUCUUGACAUUGUCAAGCUGUUCUUGCCCGACACCUACAAGGAAGAUCAGGACUCCGUUCUUGCUCUGCUUCGCUUCCGCCGGCUGGCUUUCAAGGCAACCCUCCUGAAUGGCUUCAUCCGAGAGCGAAUCAACGGACAGCCCCAUCCUGGACAUGAAGACGACGUCUUUGCUGGAUGCGACGCUGUGGACAAGCUUGUCUGGGUAUCCAACAUGUGCGACCGCUUCGUCAACGACAUGAGCCAUUGCUCAAUCGAGCAAUUCUCUAAGUACCAGAAUGCACUGCAUGAGCUUGAGCCAGUCGAGCGUGCAUUGAAUGUAUGGAUCGACGGCUUGCGCCGAGAUGAGCUCAAGGAGAAGAAGUGCGCAGACGAACUCCAGCGCACCAUCGCGUUGCUGUCUCAUCUCGCCGAGGUUCACAUCUCAGGCGACUUGUCCAACUACGCUGAUGAUGUGUAUAUGAGGAUGUUGGUUAUGCAGAGUCACCUUGACUCAGCGGCGUCCACAUUCAACACUCUGCGAGGUCUCGUGCAGCGAGUGGUUCCUUGCGAGGGCGAGGAGGAAGAGCUCGCGCAGCACUUUGUGAAGAAGACGGACCUGGUUAUUACCCAGACUAGGGGCACCAAGGUCAUCGCCGGCAAGGCUGUGCGUGCGCUUGAAGACCUUAGGACUCGGUCUCUCUCGUUGCUGCCGGAGACCAUGGAUGCAUUCGAGCAAUGUGGCAAUGCGACACAGGAGCUUGCACACUUGGCACGACAAAUUGGUCUUGGCUUGCACGAUCUUCUCACCUCGGACGAGAGCAGAACCGAGCCCUUCAAUUUUGGUGAGGUGGCCAACGCGAUCCAGAAGUCUGUUCUUGCCACCAGCUCGUUGAACGAAUCCGACCUCUUCUCUACCUAUCUUUCCAAACUACGAGCCCUUACAACUCAAAUCACCGACCUGGCUUCGCUGGCCACGGAUCUCGACCAGACCCAAGAGUUCGACGUUAACCCAGCGCCUUGGAAGAUGCGAUCCCGGGAACUCAAGGCCCUCAAGACUGUCCCCAUCGACGCGGAAGACGAGCUCCGUCGCGUUAAGGAGGAGCAUAGUGAGGCUCGCCGCGCGAUUGCUCAGCGCGAUGAGCAUCUCAGCACGGCUGUUCUCAAGAUUGAGACGCUCGAGUCCAGGAUGCGGGAUGCCCAGGCCAACAUUGAGCGCAUCACCGAACUCCAGAGCCAGCUGGAGGCCACGGGCCAGCAGAUUGGCAGCCUCAAGGAGGAUAUCGAGAAGCAAGACCGUGAGCUCAAGACGCUCGAGUCGGAGCGCGACAAGUGGAAGAAGGUUGCCAGCGACAGCCGUGCCUUUGCCGACGGUGCGGACCAGGCCGGAGCCAAGGCUGGCCAGGAGCGCGCUGUCGCCACGGCACGGGAGAUGGACGCCCUCAAGGACGACAUCGAGAGCCUGCAGUCGGCGGUGCGGUACCUCCGCGAGGACAACCGCCGGGCGCGAACAUUGGAGCAGCACAACUACGACUGGCUCGCCGAGCCGCUCAAGAAGCCUGUCAAUAUCACGGAGCAGCGCAAGGCUCUCAUCGCCACUGAGGGCAAGGAUGUCCUUGGCGAGCUCCUCAAGAUGGCUUCCUCAGCCUCGGUCUACGACUACUCCUCGAUGCCGCUGGACAAGCUCGCCUGGAAGCCCGCCCGCUCCACGCCACAGUACCACGCCGCGAAGCAGGCCGAGGACUACGCUGCCUGGGCUGGCUGGAAGGACUCGGUCCUCCAGAAGGUCGACGUGCUGCGUCACCAGGCCGGCGCAGACCGGCGCAAGGCCACCGGUCGCAGCAACCCGGCUGCAGCAGCGGCGGCGCGCCUCCGCAUCAGACUGGCCGGCGUAGACGGAAAGGUGGUGCCGGGGAGCGGCCGGGAUGUGCAGAUUGUUGGAUCGCGCGAGUGGGAGGCUCUUCAGGGUCGCCGGGUGCAGGCUGUAUGA